GCCGCCGGAAGUUUGGCUUGUGUGAUGGUGGCGCGCGGCCGGUACCCGAGAUGCUCGCCUGCGGCCGGGGGUGAGCGAUGACCCGGCUACUGGACGUGGCGCACAGAGUCGUUUUGGCCGCCGUGCGCUGCAGCGGCCGCGGCUGCCACGGGCUCGCCAUGUUCUAUGCCGUGAGGAGAGGCCGCAAGGCCGGGGUCUUCCUGAGCUGGAACGAAUGCAGAGCACAGGUGGACAGGUUUCCUGCGGCCAGAUUUAAGAAAUUCGCCACAGAAGAGGAAGCCUGGGCCUUUGUCAGAGACUCUGCGAGCCCGGAUGGUUCAGAAGGGCAGAAUAAACGCGUUCAGGAGUCUCAAGUGAAAGCAGACAAGCGACUCCGUGAGCCCGGGGAUGAAGGUGAAGGUGAAAACACAGAGCCACGUGCAAAGCACGUGAAACAGGACGCGGAGCCGCUGCCUUCGGGUCACAGAGACACGUUUUCUUACAUGGGGGACUACGUUGUCGUCUACACUGACGGUUGCUGCUCUAGCAAUGGGCGGAGGAGGGCUCGAGCAGGGAUCGGUGUUUACUGGGGGCCAGGCCAUCCUUUAAAUGUAGGAAUUAGACUUCCUGGGCGACAAACAAAUCAAAGAGCAGAAAUUCACGCAGCCUGCAAAGCCAUCCAGCAGGCAAAGGCUCAGAGCAUCAGCAAGCUGGUCCUCUACACAGACAGCAUGUUCACCAUCAAUGGAAUCACCAGCUGGGUUCCAGGCUGGAAGAGGAAUGGGUGGAGGACGAGCACCGGGAAGGAGGUGAUCAACAAAGAGGACUUCGUGGAGCUGGACAGACUGGCCCAGGACAUGGACAUUCGCUGGAUGCACGUUCCUGGCCAUUCGGGGUUUAUAGGCAAUGAAGAGGCCGACAGGUUGGCGAGAGAAGGCGCUAAGCAGCCUGGAGACUGAACGAGGUCAUUUCAUUUUCGGGAAAACUCAAGCCAGCGCUGUCUUGUCUCCUUCACUUACUGGCGUGAAAAAUAAAACUGCAGGAUGGACUGUUGCGAUCGA